AUGAACGAACCGGAGAAGAGUGAGAGACAGAAACGAAUCGAUGCAUUGGUUUUACCCUUAAAACAAGACAAUCACUACAUUUGCGAUGAAAUUGAGUGCGAUUUCAAGACAACGACUAAACGCGAUAUGUUUAGCCAUAAAAACGGUCACAAAACUGGUAAUCAAUCGUUGAUUGAGAAAAGGGUAGACAAUGAGUACGUCUGCGAUGAGAUGGGAUGUGAUUACAGGACAACCAUUAAACGAGAUAUCGGUCGCCAUAAGAAUAGACACAAAUCAAGUGCUCAUGAGUUGAAUCCCUUCGACGAACUGAGACUUAAAGACAAACUCGAGAAACGCAAACGAAUUAAUGAAAUGGUUUCGCAUUUAAAAGUAAAUAAUGAGUACAUCUGUGAUGACAUGGGAUGUGAUUUCAAGACAACAAUUAAACGCGUUAUCUAUCGCCAUAUGAAUGGACACAAAUCUGUUGCAUCUGAUGGACAGGAUCUGUGCGAUGAAGAGGACGACGAGGAGGUGUUUGAACUGCAGAAACAAAUUAACGAAAUGGUUCUGCACUUAAAAACGGACAACGAGUUUGUGUGCGAUUACAUGGACUGCCACUUCAGGACUUGUAUUAAACGUGAGAUCUAUAAGCAUAUGAUUGGACACAACUCUACCAAAUCUGGUGACAGACGUGUCACUGAACAACAGAAACGAAUCGAUGCAUUGGUUUUGCACCUAAAACGAGAUAAGCAUUACAUCUGCGACCAAAUGGGAUGCGCUUAUAGGACUACUUUUAAGCGCAAUAUGUUUCAGCACACAAUUGGCCACAAAAAGAGUGCUGGGUUUCGGCCCAAAGAUUUUAAGGCGAAAAUACCGGACGAACGGACGCCUAAAGAGAGGGCCGAAGACAACAAACGCAUCGAGAAUUUGAUGCGAGAGUUCUUAGAGGACGGCAAAUACGUGUGCAGUGAAGACGACUGCGACUUCUUGAGCACAAAAGCGACGAAAUUCUAUAAGCAUUAUAAGAGGCACCAGAUGUGGGCCAAAGGGCGCAACCCGAUCUACAUGGAUGAGAGCGCCGGUAUGUAUAAGUUGCGAACGGAGGCCACUAUUGACGGCAAUUACGAGUGUUAUUACUUCGGCUGUAAGUUCACGACAACACACAGACAAGUGUUUUACGUUCACUAUAAGUCACACUACAAGCCCUCUACGGGGACUAAUAGUAACAGUAUUUAUGUCUGCAAUCACCCGGAUUGUGAGGCCAAGUUAGUGACCCCGUUAGCCGUGUAUAGGCAUCAGCUCCGAGUGCACCCGAAGCGGCUAUUGUCGUGCGAUUGGCCCGGAUGUGAGUCGCAGUUUAAAGCCAUGCGUUAUCUCAUACAACACAAGAAUACCAUUCAUUUGGGUUUAAAACUUUUCCAGUGCGAAUGGCCCGGCUGUUCAUACAAUGGCACCACUUCUGAGAACCUUAAACACCACAAAAUGGGUAUUCAUACAAAGGUAAAGACUCACGUAUGCGAUUGGCCCGGAUGUGAGUACAGGGCCAGCAUUAAGUGGGCGUUAGUGGCCCACAAGCGCACCCAUACGGGGGAGAAGCCGUACGCCUGCAACUGGCCUGGCUGUACGUAUAGGUGCACUCAGCCGUGUACUCUCAUAUCCCAUAAACGCAAACACACGGGAGAGAAGCCAUACGUGUGUCCCGAGAAAGGCUGCGGCAAAAGGUUCUCGUCGUUGGCCGGCAUUCAUUCACAUCGGAAGCAACACAACAAACAAAUUCUGAGGAAAAGUUGUGGAUCAAGUCAUCACUCCAUGUCUUCACUCGUGAUGAAGCCGUUGGACAUCCGGUUGACCGACAUUUGGGUCGACUGUCAGCGAGAGAUGCUUUCAAUGAGACACGAGUUGACGAGUUUGAGACAACAGCUGAAGACAUCGAAACUGAUCUCAAGUCAUGUGAUGGCAUGUAAUGACACUCUCGUGGCUAUCAUCGAGACGUGUAGAUUGGAUCCCAAAGACAAAGACAUUAUUGUUAUGAUUGAUCGCAUCAAAAGGGAAGAGGAAGUCAUCGAUAGAGAGAAAUCAAAUUUAAAGACUUUGGAGGCCAGGGAUGAGUCACACUAUAAGGACGACAAGAUUGUGGAACUGAUGAGUGAUUGGAAGCGAUUGACACAAACGAAGAGAUCGGUUGAAGACAAGUCCACACAAACGAUGACAACCGAUGGAAAUGUUGGUCACAAAGAGAUACCAUUUAAUGAUAACAUAGAAAAUAGUGAAACAACUGGUAUUGAAAGACAUACUUCAGUUGUUUUCUAUGAUAAUAGUGUCACAAAUCAUAUCAAAACGGAUCCUUCAGUUGCUGUCAAUGAGAGCAUAAGUAGUGAACCAAUGGAUGCCAUAAAUAGUGAUAUUAAAAGAGUUGCCAUCGAUUUGGAUGACAAACAAUACAGUGAUUAUGAAAGUGAGAGUCCAUUCAAUGCCGAAGACAUCAAUGAUAUCGACGACAAUCGGAGUGAUGUUUCUGUAAAGAGUGACCACUUCUUAGAAGAGGACACUAAUGACAGCGACUUUGAAGUGAAGAAGAAGCAGAAGAGUAGGAAAAGGAAAGCAAAGACUUCUAAAGUGAUGAACGAAUCCGUGAAGAGUGAGCGACAGAUUAAAAUUGAUUCAUUGGUUUUGUCCUUAAAACAUGACAAUCAGUACAUCUGUGACCAACUGGGAUGUGAUUACAAGACUGGUGUCAAACGCCAAAUAUACAGUCAUAUAAUUAGUCAUAAAUCUGAUGAUCAGAGUGAGAGUCCAUUCAAUGCCAUCAAUGACUACGACAUCGAUGACAAUGUCUCCGUAAAGAGUAACCACUUCUUGGAUGAGGACUCGAAUGACAGCGACUUUGAGGUGAAGAAGAAGCGGAAGAGUAGGAAAAGGAAAGCAAAGGUUUCUCAAGUGAUUAGUGAAUCGGAAAAGAGUGAGCGACAGAAAGUCAUCGAUGCAUUGGUUUUGCACUUAAAAGUAGAUAAUCAGUUCAUCUGUGACCAAAUGGGAUGCGUUUACAAGACUGGUGUUAAACGCGAGAUAUAUAGCCAUAUGAUUAGACAUAAAACUGGUGGACAUUCUUCCAGUAAAAGGCAGAAUCUAUUCAAUGAUUCGGUUUCGCACUUAAAGAUAGAGAAUCAGUACGUCUGCGAUGAGAUGGGAUGUGAUUUCAAGACAACUAUCAAACGCCUGAUGUCUAGCCAUAAGAAUAGACACAAUUCAAGUGCUCGUGAGUUGAAUUCUAUCGACGAACAAAGACUUAAAGACAAACUCGAAAAACGCAAACGAAUUGAUGAAAUGGUUUCGCAUUUAAAAGUAGAUAAUGAGUACAUCUGUGAUGAGAUGGGAUGUGAUUUCAAGAUUAAAAAUAAAUACCAAAUGUAUUUCCAUAUAAAUCGACACAAAUCUGGUGAUCGGGAAGUGUCGGAGCGAUCGAAAAGGAUCGAUGAAACUGUCCUACACUUGAAAGUGGACAAUGAGUUUGUUUGCGAUCACCCGGACUGUGAUUACAAAACAGUUGCAAAGCGUGAGAUGUAUCAGCAUAUGAUUGGACACAAAACUGGCAAAACUCCGGACCAUAAGCCCGGUUCUGGCGAUCGAACCACUAGUGCCCGACAGAAACGAAUCGAUGCUUUAGUUUUACAUUUAAGAAAAGAUGAUCACUAUAUCUGUGACCAAAUGGGAUGUGAUUACAAGACUGGUGUCAAACGCCAAAUAUACAGUCAUAUGAUUGGACACAAAUCUAGUGGUCUAAACGACGCCAAUGAAGACCAACUAAGCGGUAAAGUGGAGGCAGAAAAGCGGCAGAAGUUUGAGAAUUUAAUGAAUGAAUUCAAAGUGAAUGACAAAUACGUGUGCAAUGAAGAGGACUGCGAUUAUGUGACCACAUAUUUAAAACAAUUUUCCACUCAUUACAAGAAACACCAACUGCUGCUCAAAUGGCGUGACCCGGUCUAUAUCGAUGAGCAGACCGGGAGGUAUCGCAUGAGGAAUGAGGUGACAAAUGACGGCACUUUUGACUGCCCUUAUAUUGACUGUACGUUCACAACGGGUGAGAGACAAGUGUUUUACACUCACUAUAACGCCCACUACGAUGGCGUCGAUGGCACCGAUGGGUAUGUUUGCAAUUACCCGAAAUGUGGGCGCAAGUGUCAGUCCCCGUGGAGUGUCUAUAGGCAUCAGUUCACUGUCCACCCGAGACGGCUGUUGGCGUGCGAUUGGCCCGGAUGUGAGGCCAAGUAUAAAGCCAUGCGUUAUCUCAUAAAACACAAGAAUGCGCUCCAUUUGGGUUUGAGACCAUAC